AUGUCUGAGAACAUCCUCCUUGUCCACGGAGAUAUUUUGACAAAGGAACAGUUAGAUGCAAUUAUCAAAUCACAAUGCAUUGAGGACACACCUAAACACCACUUUCAGCACGUAGUGUUUGUCCCUGGUCUCUUUCACUUCAAAAUGGCAUGUGCUGAUGCACUGUGGCAUACAUGGAUCCAACCACAAGCUGGUCGAACAGAUGUCAAUAGCCUAUGGCAACAUGUUGGGAUCUUGAGGCUGGGUGAAAGUGGAAAAUUUGCAGACAGCACAUGGGACUCACUCAAAGUGUUUGCAAAAUGUCUGCCAUCAUGGGAGCUAAUCGUUGAGAUGUCAGAGUGUAUUAUCAACAAGUACGUUACCAACACAACGGCACUCAUGCACCUGUGCCAGCAACCCACACAAGGACACGAUCAGCAGCUUGAAAACCAGGUGCUCUGUAACCACGAUGAACUACUCUAUGUCGACCUCUGUCAUGCGAUGAACAGUGCAACAAAAAAGCACAAAUAUGCUUAUCAUACAGCUCACUUUAUGGUACAAAUGUGGUAUGUGUAUCCUGAGGACCUACAACGAUUAAUCCGGCUGAAUUGGCUUUGCAACCCCACAGGAAAGGCAUUCAAAUUUCGACCUGUGGAUUGGCUUGUGGAAUGGAACAAUCUGUAUACAAAGGUCAUCUUUGCAGGGACAUCCCCUCUAAUCAAACUGUACCGGGAAUGCCACAUCACGAUCGAGAAUGGAUUUCAUCUGAAAAACUGCACCAUGAAGCAUGUGCCACCAGAUAUGACAAGAACAUUAUGA